UGUCUGGGUCUCCCCACCCCCGCGCCGUCCUCUCGCUGCUUCCCCUUUAAUCGGCGGCCGAAGAGCCCGGCCAAGUCCCGCCGAGGGGCCCGCCCCGCCCGUCGCUCCGGCCCGCCCGCCCAUUCGCCCGCCCUCUUUGCCGGUGUCGAGCCGGGCUGCGCGGCGCGGCGCCGGAUCCGGGCUCGACUCUGGCCGGGACCUCCCGCGCGGAGCAGAGCCUCCCUCUCCCGGGGCAGUCUAUCGGCUCCUUCUCAAGUCGCCGUUCCGUGGCUCCUGCCGCCUGCGCCCCGGUUGCGCGCGAUCCUGAGCCGCCGGCCCGAUGAAGCCCGGCGGGGGCGGCGAGGGGGCGGCGGAGGCGGAGGGCGCCGAAGGGGAGCGGGAGCCGCUGAACCCGGAGUCCUCGGAGACCUUGGGCGUCUCGGCCACCUACCGGGAGUUCGUGCGCCGGAGCUACCUGGAGCUGAUGAGCGCCAACCAGCACUCCCUGCACGCCCUCAACUGGCGCCGCCUCUACCUGAGCCGGGCCAAGCUCAAGGCCUCCAGCCGCACCUCCGCCCUCCUCUCCGGCUUCGCCAUGGUGGCGAUGGUGGAAGUCCAACUCGAGGACUACAACUACCCGUGGGAACUGCUGGUAGCUUUCAGCGCCUGCACGACCGUGCUGGUGGCCGUCCACCUCUUCGCCCUCAUGGUGAGCACCUGCAUCCUGCCCAACAUCGAGGCGGUCAGCAACAUCCACAACCUCAACUCGGUCAACGAGUCGCCCCACGAACGCAUGCACCGCUACAUCGAGCUGGCCUGGGGCUUCUCCACUGCUUUGGGCAUUUUCCUCUUCCUGACCGAGGUGGUGCUGAUCUGUUGGGUCAAAUUCAUGCCCAUAGGCAGGGUUUCCCCCGCUGGGAAAUGUUGCGCCACUCCUCCGACCCUUGCUGGUAGCCCUGCCCCGAUGGUGACCCCUCUGGACAACUCUGGUUGGAACGCUGCCUUGGCCUCUACCGUGAUUAUGGUCCCAGUUGGGGUGGUUUUCAUCAUCUUUGCUUUGCACUUCUACCGGUCCCUGGUGGGCCACAAAACCGACCGGCAUCAGCAAGAAUUGGAGGAACUGAACCAGAUCAAAUAUCAGCUGGACGGGGAAGCCACGGCGCUGCAAGUGGUGUGAAGUUUGGCGGCAUCGGCUUGGAAGCGAACGGGCGUAUGUCGUUGUGGCGGUUAUUUCGAGAGAAAAUGAGAAGGGAAGGUUUGACUCGGUGGAGAAACGGCAAGGUACCAUUGGAACUCCACCCGAAAGCUACUGGGAUCUUUUCGAAGAGAAGAUUUAUUUGCCGUUUUGCAACAUUUACCCACGUUCCCCCAGAACAGAAAGGCAAAAGUUGGAGAGAGAUUAGUUGCAACAGACGCUUCCUGAAAGCAGCUGCGGACAUCCUUAUCUGGCCGAAGCUUUUGCGACUGGGUCGUUCAGUGGCAUUUCGAGAAUGCAACAGAAAGUCGCCUUGAAGCGAGGAAACAACUGAAAUUUGUUGAUAGGAGCAGAGCUGGUGGCUUGGCUGGUUUGGACGCGACGUGUCUUUGCCCCCCUGACCCGUUAGAUUCCUAGUUGCGGUCCUUCCACAGUGCUCGGCGGAUGCUGUGUAUGUCCUCUUGGGGUAUGUUUGCUUGUCCGUUUUCCCAAAAGAAGAGGGAGAAAAGGCACAAUCUUACUCAUAUGAGCCAUAGGACUGACAAUUGGAGGAAGGCAGUGGAAGAAGAACUGAUCCGGUCAAUUCUUUCUCUUUUUUGCCUCCUUCAUUUUUAUAAUGUGGGAAUGUGUUUACAGUAAUGGUCAGAAACUUGGUACCUGCAGGGCCGCUACUGUCCGCCUCCUGGGGUUUUCCAGCACUAGAAACAGAAACCUCAAGGUCCGAGGCCGGGACCUGGGCUGCAAACUCACACGUAAACGUGAACUUGCUGCAGAAGCGCAUUGAUGAUAUGUGUGAUGGGAACGUGGCCUUUGCCCAAAAUUGGGCCGCAAAAGCGGAGGGUAGAGAUCCAUUUUUCUGCUUUCGGGUGUGGAGUUUUGCACACUGUGAACUGGUUAGUUUGAGUCACAAAACCCCUCCCCCUUUCUCAAGGCAUAGCGCCUACUGCCAUGUGCCGGUCACGAAGCCGCUCCCUUCCCCUCCUUCGCAGGGGAAGGUUUCAAAAUGUGGGGAAAAGAGACAGGAGAACAGCCUUAACAAAACGCCGGCAACGUUUAAGCAGGGGAACUAUGUCAGCGCCAUGCAAAUAAAAUGAAAAAUAAAAACAGGA